ACGAUCUUUUUAAACUGUUGCCGGAGACGUUAGAGAAAUAGCUUCUUGAUUAGCAGAAUGCGCGUUUUUAACUGUCUUAUUCAAUAAUAAUUUAUUAAUAUCAAACUAGUUUCAGUGAACGAAAGUCAAAAUGAAGACCAAAGAUAUUGCUCAGCUCCUCGUCCAUACGAAUGAAGAAGUAAAGAGUGGUCAAAGGACAGCUGAGGAAAUGGAUCAAAUCAGACAAAAGACCUUGGCUUAUGAAUAUUUAUGCCAUCUUGAAGAGGCCAAGAAAUGGUUGGAAGCUUGCUUGAGAGAAAAAUUACCACCAACAACAGAAUUAGAAGAGAAUCUUAGAAAUGGAGUGUACUUAGCAAAACUUGGACAUUUUAUUGCUCCAGAUAUUUUGCCAUUGAAUAAAAUAUAUGACAUUGAGCAAAAAAGAUAUACUCUUGCUGGUUUACAGUUUCGACAUACAGAUAACAUAAACCACUUUCUAAAGUGUCUCAAAUCUAUGCAUCUACCAUUUACAUUUCAACCAGAAACAACAGAUAUUUAUGAUAAGAAAAACAUGCCUCGAUUGAUUUAUUGCAUUCAUGCUUUGAGUACACAUUUAUUCAAGUUAGGUAAAGCACCACAAAUUCAAGACUUAUAUGGAAAAGUUAACUUUACUGAUGAGGAAAUUGAUGCUGUUAGUAAAGAAUUAAAGAAAAUGGGUAUUCAGAUGCCUGCUUUUCAAAAAAUAGGUGGACUUUUGACAAACAGCAUGUCAGGAGAUACAGCUGCUUUACAUGCUGCAGUUAUAGCAAUAAAUCAAUCUUUGACUUCUCAGGUGUUGACAGAUCAAAAUUCACUCUCAAAUCAGCUACAAAAUUCUGCAGUACGUUUGAAGAAUAUUAAUCCUGAUUAUAUAAACUUUUAUUUUAUAGAACUGUUUGCUGCUAAAGAGAGAAAAGAACAAGCUGCUUUGAAUAGGUCUCUAAAUGAUAGUUACGUUUCUGAUGCUUAUGACGAGCUUUUAACGCAAGCUGAAAUCCAAGGACAUAUCAAUAACGUUAAUAUGCAAUGUGCAUUUGAACUUUUAACCGAUGCGGUUUGUCAAACGAUGAAAAACGUUGCAUCUGCUUUACAAAAUCCUGCUUUAAAACUUCAAUGUGUAUCGUAUGAUAAUGAUGAAGUAUAUAGACGUGAAUUGAGACCAUUAAUAACAAGCUGGGAAUGGGAAAAUCGUACCACGGAUAAUUGUCAAUAUUGGCAGAGCAAGUUACAGGAGAUCGUUCAUAGCUCUAAUGACAGUGCCAAGAAAUCGAAAAAACGUGAAGAAGCUGUUAAAUAUCUCAAUCAAGUCUUGCAAAUAGGUACAGAACAAGAAUUUCAUAAUGCUUUACUUAAUCCUAAAUUAGGAAUCUCCCAUCUGGUUGAUGAGUUUGCUGUUCCCUUGUAUUAUGAAGAGAUGAAGAUCGAUCGGAUCGAGUCUAAAGCUGACUUAACUCAUAGUGAUAUUAUUGUAAGUAUUAGAGUUUUAACUGCAAUUGCGAAUAUAACGAAAUCCAUUGACACCAAUGAUCCGGAUUUGAUAUAUGAAGCUUUAAGUAAUCAAGAUGCUCAUGUUGCUAAUCUCGAAGAAGACAAUAAAGUAAAGUAUUUGAGAGCCUUGGCAGCCGUUCGCCAUGAAAAACAAUUAACUGAAGAGAUAUGCCCUUUGUUAACGUUUAUUGACGUUCAGGAAUGCGUUGAUUUGGUAAAUGAACAGUGUUUUGAAGAUAAUAAAGUGGUAGAUGUGAUCAAUAGCUUGAAUAUUGCUGUAAAAAAAAAUAGCCGUUCUGAGAUGAUGGAAGCUUUGGAACAUAUUACAAUAAAAUUAGAAAAGAGUACGUCUCCAGAUGACGCUUCACUGUAUCUUAAAUUGUUUACUAAACGAUUGACAGAGAAGCAUUCGGACGGUUCUGAGUUAUGGCUUGAAGAUGUCGAGCAAAUUUUACAAACUGUGUUGGAUGAAUCAGAAAGCGUACAACACGCUUGCACCACAUUAUCACAGAUCAACGAGGGCCUUGAAAAAGAUCAUUAUAAUUUUACGAUUGAUUGCCUACAAGCAGCCAAUUUACAACUGUCGGAAAAACACAUGGUUCAAUGUUAUGAAGCACUAAAAGCACUUAGAAAAAUUAAGAAAGAGAGAUAUUCAUGCAAUUACGUGCAGUUUAUCACUCCUGGUGGUAAUGAAGCAUUUAUUGAUAUGGUCAACUGUAGUUACACUUGGGACCAUAUUAAAAAUGUAACCGAGUCGCAGUACGUCACUAAAAAAGACAUAGAAGACGUUAUCAGAGAUAUCACUAUAGCAGAAGCAUCUUUAGAAAUAAAUAAGGACUUUGAAAAACUGCUUAUAAGAUUACAAGCUUGUGUAAGAGGCUACUUGAUACGUAUGAAACUUGCAAACUGUUUGGACAAAGUUGUAAAAAUUCAAGCUUGGUGGCGUGGACAAUUGCAAAGACGUGCUUACGCUAAAAUUUUGGAGCGAAGAUUGAGAAGUAGUGCCGAAGCAGUUUGUAACUAUGUAAAAGUAAAAGCUAAAUAUCAACGAACUAUGGAUUAUUACAAACAACAAGAACAUAAAAUAAUCAAGAUUCAAGCUUUGUGGCGUGGUCGAUCGGCAAGACGAGCUUUCGAUUCACUUUUACGCAUGGACAAACCUCCGUUUUCGAUUGUUAGACACUUCUCUGGUAUCCUGAACUUCAAUGCUGAAGAUUACGACAAAGAUCUUCAGUUGCAGCAACUGAAAAACGAUGUUGUUCAGCUCAUCAAGCAUAAUCAAAAACUUUCUUACCAGUUAAAUAACAUGGACAUUAAAAUUGGUUUACUCAUUCAAAAUCGUGUUACUCUGCAGGAUGUAGUCGCACACGGAAAGAAUUUGGAAAAUUUAACAAAAGACAAGGAAUUACACCAAAGAAUCCGUCAUAAUUCAAUGUCUUGUGAGAGUUAUAGCACUUAUAAAGGAUUAAAAUCGCUAACGAAAGAAGGACGCAGGAUGCUUGAAGGCUACCAACACCUAUUUUAUUCUCUUCAAACAAAUCCUAUAUAUUUGUCUAAAUUGCUUUUCCUCUUACCACAGAGUAAAUCAAACAAAUUUGUACACAAUGUUAUCAUGACUUUAUUCAAUUUCGGUUCGAAUUCACGAGAGGAAUACCUAUUCUUAAAGUUGCUGAGUACUGCAUUAGAGGAUGAAAUAAGAGGUAAAUUGCAAAAGCCGUCGGAAGUUAUUACUGCUACCCCUAUGGUUUUAAAAAUGGCUGUGAACUAUGCGAAACAGGUAAAUGGUUCAAGAUCGUUACGCGAGAUUCUUGGUCCAACGAUCGAAAAAAUCCUCAAUGAUAAAAGCAUAUCAAUCGAAACAAAUCCAGUGGACAUUUACAAAUGCUGGAGAAAUCAAUUAGAAAUGGAAAAGGGAGAAGCAUCGGAUCUGCCUUACCAUGUAACAGAGCAACACGCUUUACAAUACGUAGAUGUACAAAAGCGACUGAGUAAAAGCAUCAGAAUAUUACAAACAACUGUUUUAGAAUUUUUAAAUAAAAUAACGUCGUCCCGAGAUUUGAUUCCAUAUGGCAUGCUGUAUAUGGCAAAAGUACUGUACAGAACAUUGAGCGAAAAAUUUCCAGACACUCCUGAGAAAGAAAUUCUUAAAGUUGUGGGAAACUUGGUUUACUAUCAUUUUAUUAACGCUGCCAUUGUUGCUCCCGACGCAUUUGAUAUUAUAACUUUGCCAAUGAAAAUGACACUUUCCAAUGAUCAAAGAAGAAACCUAGCCAGUAUUGCUAAAAUUUUGCAGUUUGCAACAUCAAAGAAGGGCUUUGAUGAAGAAGCAACACAUUUGGUAUGUCUCAACUCUUUCAUAAUCCAAUGUCACGAGAAAUUCAAGAAAUUCUUCCGUUACUGCUGUCAAGUUGAAGAACUUGACGAUCAUUUCAAUAUGCACGAGUACGCAGAAGCUACGCUCAUUCAUAUGCCCGAAAUCGUAAUUUCUUUACAAGAAAUCUGCGAUACCCAUUGUCUAUUACUCAAUUACCAAUACCAUAUUGCUCCAAAUCCAAUGGACUCGCUUCAUGAGUUACUUGAUGAUCUUGGAAAUGCACCUACAGUUGCAACUCUUCUUGGAUUACCUGACAAUGUGAGUGAGAUAGAUAUAGCACGUCUUGGUAAGACUGAAGUGAACCUCGUCCUCAGCAAUAAGUUCGAAGUUCCUGUGAGUAAUGAUUCGAGUCUAAGUAGGUUAUUUAUCAAAACAAAGGAGCUGUUAGUUUCGGUACUUAAAUAUUUGAAAGGUGACUCUUUAGUUGACGCACUGAGUACUUCAUCGUCUCCAAUUCAAGAAAAACUAUACAGUGUUAAAACUUUGUCAAUAACGCAACAUAAAAGUUUAUCCUUGGAUGAUUGCAAGCUUCAACUGCAAGCUUAUCUCGAUAAACUUGAAAUGGGUGGAUGGGUGUCGCGCGAAGAUGGAUAUCAAACUAUAGUAACUGCAGUGGCGAAAGAUUUAUGUAACAAAGGUCGAUAUAGAGUUGCCAGAAACAAAGAGCUGGCAAUGCUUCGCGGUACAAAACAAAGACUGGAGGAAAAAUCCAAUUAUUAUAUGGAACAAGUCGAAUAUUAUAGUAUGUAUAUCAAGCAGUGCUUGGCAAAUUUGAACACAGGAAAAGGAACCUUGCGAACUCAUAAAGACAAUCACAAAAAUAACCACGUCAAACUCAAAUCCAACAUGACUUUAAAAUACUCCGCAGCCCGAUUACACGAUAAAGGCAUCCUUGUAGAAAUAACUGGUCUAAGUAAGUCACAAUUUAAAAAUGUGAUGUUUGAAAUUACGCCGACCGACAAUGACGGAAUAUUUACGGUACGCGGAAAAUUCAUGGGUGUUGAAAUGGAAAAAGUUGACGUCGAUGUGACAAAACUACUCGAGUUACAGUACGAGGGUUCGCCAAUAAUGAAUAUGUUUGGCAAGGCCAGGAUCAAUGUUAAUCUUCUGUUGUAUCUGCUCAAUCGUAAAUUUUAUGGAAAAAAAUAAGAUGGUUUUAUAAUGCAGAAAUGUUUAUAUGUAUGAAUGAUAUCCAAUAAUUAUUGUGCUUUUAAAUUAUAAUAAAACGAAUGAGGAAGAGAGUAUUAUUAAGACAUAGUGAUUUUAAUAGAGAAACUAAAAAUAUUUUAUUUCUUUGUAAUUUGGAACUAUUUCAUUAUUACGAAAUUGCGUACUGUAUACGAUUGCUAUAAAAUUAUCAAUUUUGUAUUAUUUACUCAGCAAAAAUUAAACAAAAGCAUUCUUCUAGGACUAAUCAGUUAGCAUUUAUUAAAUAUAAUUUGUAAAUAUCAAUAGUUAUAUGUCAUUGAACAGUAACAAAAUAAUUAAAUAAGAAAUCGGUUUAAUAAGGAUAAAUAAUUCGAAUAAAGUAUUUAAAAUACGCCGUGCGGAAAGUAUAACUUUACUGUACGUUUGGCGAAAAACGUGCGUUCAAAUUAAUACUUUUCACACGUUUUAAAAAAUAUCUUCUUGAGAUAUGAUGAGAAUGAGAUUCUUGUCUCGUGUGUCUUUCCACCCUCGCUUUGCUCAAGCGUAAAUCUCACACGAACAACAAUCAACUUUUCCGCACUAUUUAGGUGAUGUACUAUUUUUAAACAAAUUAUCACGUAGUUAUUAGUUUUAAUGACGUAUUGACAUAUUAAAUUUUAUUAAAAUAAAUAUAUCUUUGUAUUUUUAAUGAAGGCGUAUAAUGUAUUUUUUAACGAGAAUUUAUUAGUUAUCAUCCAAUAUUUUAGUUCGAAAAAGGAUUUUUAAGCGUGUUUCAAUAUUUAUAUAUUUGUAAAUUAUAAUUUUAUAACAUUUAUGAAAUAUAAUCAAGACUCAA